AUGGUUGUUACAGUACUAACCUUGCUAUGUUGUCUGGUUACUCUUAACCAUGCUUCUAAUAGUCACAUCGUUGGAAUACCAAGUAUUGGAACGAGUCAUGGACUUGUUUACGUCAAAAUCGGACGAGAGCUGACUAGGAGAGGUUACAGAUACAGUCUUCUUGUACCAGCCUGGCAAGUGAAUGAAAUUGGACCUAAUUUGGCUGGCAUUGCAGUGAAAUCUUACGACACUCAUACAAAUGGGAAUGAUUUGGAAAAAGUGAUAAUUAAAGAAGCAGAAGGCAAGCUAAAUAUCACCGAGAGAAAUGAUUUUUGGAAGUCUACGUGUGAGGAUUUGCUGAAUGACAGAGCUCUCUUGAAAAGCUUGGGACGGGUAGACUUGAUUGUUUGCGAUAUCACAAGUAUAUGUUGUGCUAUAGUGGCAGAUUUGCUGAAAGUGAAUCGCGUUGACUUGGCUCCCAUCGGAUUUGUAGAUCCCUAUGUGAGUUUUAUUCACAAUUUCCCUUCUCCCGUGGCUUAUGUUCCGCACGGAACUGUCAAACUUCCAAAGAGAAUGUCAUUUUUGGAAAGGUUACAAAACCUGUUGUUGUACAUCUUAGGGUAUGUUAUGCACGAGUUUGUUUUUAUGCCACCCUUUGAAGAUUUGUGGAGGACUCAUGUCAAAGACAGUAAGUUUUCUAGUCUCAGUGAAGUAUUCAGAGCCACAGGAUUGUUAAUAAUUCCAAAUGACUUUGCUUUGGAUUUUCCAAGGCCUUUUGGAGCCCAUGUGAAAGUGGUUGGGCCCAUACUCCCGGAAAAGCCUAAGCCACUUCCAGUAGACAAAGAAAGUUUCAUCUCUGAUGGAGACUUGACAGAAUUAGUAGUUGUUUCAUUUGGGACUGUCAUUUCAAAUUUCAAACCAGAGUUUGUUGAUAGCAUUGCAAAAGGGCUCAUGCAGGUCCCUUCUAAAGUUAUAUGGAAGUAUAAAGGUGAGUUGAGCUUACUGCCUCAAAACCCGAGCAAAAAUAUCAAAGUUGUACCAUGGAUGGAACAAAAUGAUCUUCUUGGACAUGCAGCUACAAAGGUCUUUUUCACUCACGGGGGCUUGAACAGUAUACUUGAGGGCGCUUAUCAUGGGACACCUAUGGUUGUUUUACCUCUCUUUGGUGACCAACCUGCAAAUGCUAUGAAAGUGCAUGAGGCUGGUAUUGGUGUGAUACUGGACUUGCAAAAUUUAACACCAAAUGCAGUAACAAAUGCAAUACUUGAAGUUCUCAGAAAUUCCAGUUAUAAAGAAAAAGCUGAAAGAGUUUCUAGAUUGAUUCGUCACAGGAGAGUCACACCAACUGAAGAGGCCUGUGACUGGAUUGAAUAUGGGCUUCAUAACAAUGCAGGACUGCAUUUAAGGAGUGAAGCUGACAACUUGUACUUUUUUCAAGUUUAUCUCUUAGAUGUGUUGCUUCUAAUAGUUGCGAUUGUUGUUUGUGUUAUGGUUUUGUUCUACUUUUGUCUGAAGUAUUGCUUACAACACAUCAUACAUAAGUGUUCUAAAAAAUCAAAGUCAGAUUAAACUAAAAAAAAAUCACUUAAAUCCUAAAAUUCACUUAUCAGUUUUGAAAAACAGAGAAAAUAGGCAAAACCCUUUUUUCUCAUAUGCAUUUAGUUAAGUGUACUCUCUAGAUCAAAAGUACUUAAUUUACAAACCUCCUCUAUCUACCUCCUCCUAUAUUUUAAGCACCAAAACAAAUAAAUGGCCAAAUGAUGGUGGUACAAUAGGUAACAGUUUAAUGACUUUAUAAGUCCUUCAUUGCAGCAACAGGUAAAUUUUUUCUCAAGUAAUGGAAUAGUGAGUCAAAUUAUCUUAUUUCCUUAAGAAUGAAUGAAGACCCUUCCAUUAGCCAUAAAGCUAUGUGCUGAUCCCUACCAUUGGGUGCUAAAGAGUUCAAUUAUGAAUUAAAUUAUUUACUUGUAGCAUUUGAUGGGCUUAUUGAGAUAAAUAAAAACUACUUUCCCUGAUAAAAACUAAAGGAUAAUCAGAGAUUUGUGCAUCUUCGCCAUCAUUGGCUAACUCCCCUUUCCAGAAACAACUCUGUUUGCCCCAACCUCUGGGAAUGUGAAUGAGGAGGAAUAAGGCUACAUUUAGCCUUUGUGAGCCUUUGUUUCUGUAGUGGAAGUAUAGGCUGUGAGCAGUUUCUAUGAGUAAAGGAAAAAACAAUUUUCGCUCCAUAUUCAUCAAUUCAAGGCAAAUUCUGCGACUUGAUCACACCGUUGACCUCAUUAAUAACAGGGGGGACUGGGUAUACCAGUGGUCAGCAGCAUACAUUACAAUUUUUCUGUACUUCAUGUAUGAGAUCAAAACAAACGUCCCCUGAACGUGAAUGUAAAUCAGUUGACUUUCUACAUUUCUGCGUGGUAAAUAGAAGAAUAUUUAAAAGCGGAACCAAAAAAUGAAGUCAAACGAAAGAAAGGCAUAGUAUUCGACUUGUUUGUGAAUCGCUCCUUUAGGUGAUAUGAGAAACCGUUUUAAACCUGUUUUAUCGACUCCUCGGCCAACUGUCCGACAAAGUAGUUCCUCGGCGGCGGCAAGUUCUGAGGGCAAUGUUAACAACAUAAAUACACCGCAAGAAGAGUCAGCAAGGAAGCCUGCUGGAGGUAUGUUAGCCUGUGAUAGUUUCCUCUUGACAACGUUUAUGUUUCGGUUUUUAGAAAAAUGUUGAUAGUUUUAUAAAAGUUACCCAGUUAUAUGUACCCUUUUGAUCAUCAUGAGUCGUGGGGCAAAUCGAUUCGCUGUGUGUACAUUCUACUUUAAAAUUCGUUUUUCGAUGAGGAAUUCCAUUUUUGGCAAACCCAGCACUGCUCAAUAUUUAUAAGAAAUUAUGUUCUAAAAUCACGUCAACAAAUUGAAUUCGGAUUUCUGAGGAAUUUCAGAGAAAUUUCUGAAGGGGAGCUGGAUACUAAACACGUAACAUUUUGACCGGUAUUCAGAUGUUUUUAAAGCAUAUCUUUGAAGUUAUAGUUUAUUUCCCUCUUUUUACUAGUUUGUGGCAUAAAUCUCAUACUUUUACAAAACUAUAAAAUAAACAUUUUUUACAACUUUUAUUGGUUUCGACUUGAAAGUAUUGUUCAGUGUCGCAUAUGAGUCAACUAUUGGAAAUCUAAAAAAAUGGAGAUGUUUGAUUUCAGAUCUUGUACCCCCUCCACCUUCCUCCCUCUGUCACAACAAAAAAUAAUUGAGUGGCUACCUCAUUCCAGUCUAUUGCCACACCAUGCUCUAGUUACAUUAAAUUCAAGGCUAUUUUGUGUUCUCUCUGCUUAAACAAUAAAUCCUCAGAAUCGUUGGAAGCAAAUUCAUCUACAAAACAAAGGGAUGAUGAAUCAGCAGCAUCAAAGACAUCGUUGUCAUCUUCCACUGCCACUACUGGAUCCCAGCGAAGAUCACGUAUCAAGCCUACUGUUGCUUCUGUGGCUCGUUCUCGUCCAAAUGCGGCAACAAAGAACAAGACAUCUGCAGAUGCUGGAAAAAAUGAGUUGGAUGGAAAGUCAAAGGAGGAGAUUACACCAGUUUCACAAGGCCAGUUGGGUGAUAAAGAAGAUCCAUUGUCUAGGAAAUUAACAUUCGAUGGAGAGGAUGGUGAUGGUACCAGUACUCCUAGUAGUCAAGAGGGAAAUCAGGCAGUAACAUCAACAAGAAACCCUGCAGAGAUAAGUGCCUCUCUUACAAACAUUGAACAAAGAACCCAACCUGUUGCGCAGGAAACAGUGGUAAAACCAUCACAAAUACAGAACAGGAACACAAAUUCUGAUACUGCAGUGCUACAACCUUCCGAUGGUGGGACAACACCUUCAUUACUACGUCGCAAACGGGUCUUACCUAAUCUUGGGUCAGCUGCAAGGAGGAGACGUUCUUCUGUGUCAAAAGAAAAUGUAGAGAAAAAUCCUGAUUUUCAUGAAGUCAGACAAGAAGAAAUAAAUUCAGCUCACAGAGAUGAGGGACUUAUAUCUGUAAGUGAAGAGAUUAUGGACAUUUUUAUUUUAUUUCAAUGAAAACUUCUCUUACAGGAUAAAAAAAUGUGAGUUCGAAGGUCAACUCAAGGUGACCAAUCACAAGUGCAGAUUCAGAGCUUUCAAUAAGAACCAGCUUAAACUGCUCUCUAGUAUCCCAGCUGUAAGUACUUUCUCCUACUUUCACCAAAUUGUACCAUCAUGGAAACACUGUCAAAAAUUUGUACAGCAGCCAUUUCCCAGCUUUGAGUGGAAUUGAAUGCGUAAUUUACCAGUGACAGGUUCUAAUUUGUGAAUGGAUUACAUGUUUAAAAUUUUCCCAAGGUCAAAGCAAACCUUGAGGAUUGUGUGGGAUUUUUUUAACUGAGUAUUUUCCAGUUUUGCAUGAAAUCUGAUGGACCUUAUUGGGUUAUAGUAACUUGACCACUUACCAUUUUGUAAUUGCCCUCUAUUUUCAAACUUUUUGAAAGCCAUGGCAAUUUUUUUUCAGGGACUAAAAAGUAACAUUAUGUAAUUGACUGUAGUAGGGUUUAUAUGCUAAAGCUCUCUUACACAAAUUGGUGAGACAUACAUGUUGAUGUUUUUGAACUCUGAGAUAAAUUAAAAAUUUUACAAACCUUGUUUUCUCUGUUGGUACUGGAAGUUAAGGAACCUGGUUUUUCUACUCAAAUUUAUGCCCUUUGUGCUUUGCACUUGGGUCACUGACUUUGAGAUUUUUAUUUACCACUAACUGAAGAAUAAUUAUACAAGUGACCACAAUUAUUAGUGGUGAAGAUGAAUUAACUGAAAGGGAACUUUUAAAAAAAUACAGGAAGCAAAAGCUUGUAAACUUGGCUUUCCACUUAUUACUAACAGGAUGAAUAAAUUUAGACUUCAUAUGUAGUGCAUAACAAGUCAACCAAAACAUUUGUAACCUAUAAACUUAAGAAACUUUUCUUUGAUAUUGCAGGAACAAAGUGCUGUGAAUUGCAGUGGGAGUAGAGGCAAGAGAUUGCGGACGUUAUCAGAGGAAGACCAAAAUGUUGACUAUGGAACCUCACCUGUCACAGUACCAGAGAUCCACGACAAAGAUGAUGAGGAGGAGGAUGAAGAAAGUAGAAAAAAGGUAUACAGUACACUGAACUUAUGUUUCUCCUUUUGUAACCUUUUACACCUCAUUAUCAGAAUUUAUUUUCUCCUUACUACUCUCUAUACAUUUCAAGGUGCUGACAAGGAGAAUGUUUUGAACAAUCAAGAGCUUCUUUAGUUGGUGAUCAUUUCACGUAUUCUCAUGACCUUCAUGUUUGAUUCAGGAGUGUUACUGUUAUGAGAAAUUAUUUGCCAGUCACUCUUGAGAGUCAAAGGGUUAUACAUAAUGGCAAACUUUGGGCUACAGAGAACUUGUUGGUGAGUUAGCCUGUACACUAGGUUCCUAUACAACAAGUGUCUGGCAUACUGUAAGAAUCUUGGUACUCAUAUUUUUUCUUUUUCCCACAUUGUUACCAUUGAACAGCAUCUCUCAAUAUGACAUGUAGAUGAGCAAACUCAAAAUUUACCUCCUGUUUCAUUUUAAUCUUUUUUAUGUUAUAUUAAAAUGGCAUAAGGCUGUGGGGUGCCUUGUUCGUCCCACUUUGCAGCCCAUCAAGUGCCUUCUUUCCUGUGAAUGGUUGACUGAUCACUUUGCAUUUGUUCCCUAUAGGGUCUUAAAAGAAAGAGAGGUGGCAGACCCCAUAAACUGAAGGAACCAUCAGAUCCCAGUCACAUGACCAUGCAGCAUUUGAUCUACUUCAACCCCAAGACCAACCCUAUGAGGUAAGCUUUUAUCAAUUAGCUCCCAGGAUUUAAGAUAUCAGUUUUCCUUUCUAAGUGUGCCUUUUUUUUUUGUAAUUUAAGCUCUGAAAAUUUAGUGUUGAAUUCAUUAUGGAACAGGGUAAAUUGAGAGGAGAGUUACAAGUUUAAUCAUUUUCUGGAGCUGAGAGCUGAGCCAUUAUUGACCCUUUGAUGUGUAAGAGUGACUGGCAUCUUGUUUCUCCUUACAAUAACACCCCUGAAUCGAACAAAAAGGCCACAAGAAUAAAUGAGAAGAUCACCAACUUAGGAAGCUCUAUAUUGUUAAAAAAAUUCACCUUGUCAGCACCAUAAGAAAUGAAUAGAGAACAGUACGAAGAAUAUUUUGCGUUACCAUCAUUCUAGACAGGUUUAUGUGCUCUUUGUUUUGUUUUGUUUUUGUUUUUUUUGCAAAAUCAACCUUCUUUACUAGUUAUGUAUAGAUUCUAAUGCUGACAUAAUGAGUGUCAUCCCUUCUCUUUGACAAAGGGCUUGUGCUCAAAGCAUCAACUUUGGAAACUCUUUACAAUGGCCAAUUUAGUAGCUAAAACCAAAUUAUCUUGCUGUACCUUCCAGCAUUGCAGCAACACAGUCUCUAUAGAAAAUUACCCCCCCUUUAUUCUGGUAUACCUUUCAAGAGGCCUGGAACAGUGCAUAUAGAUAUUUUAGCCUUAAAAAUGAUACAAAUAAUUGGUGAUGUAAACAAAAUGUUUUACACUGGUUGCAGUUCAAGUUUGACUGGGAGAAAAAGAAAAGCAGAUGACAAGAACAAAAGCAAAAACCUGAAAGGACAAGACCUAAAUAUUUCACAGUAAGUUUGUGAGUUAAAAGGCCACAGGUUGUGUACAAAUUAAUAAUAAUCAUAAUAAUAAUAAUAAUAAUAAUAAAAAAUAAAUAAAUAAUGGUAAGGAUUUCUAUAGUGCGAUAUCUUAUGCUCAUGGCACUUUACAACUGAAUAUUCAAGCCCAAAAAAAUUGUAGAUUAAAAAAAUACAUCAAUAAUAAAACACAAAUAUAUAAAAGUACAAGUUAAAAUUCAUAUCUAAAAAUUAAGAUUAAAAUUAAAAGUAAAAAUUUAAAAUUAAAAAAAAAAAGAUCAGAGCUGUUACAUACACAGGCUAAGUGUAGCAUCUCGAAUUCUUAACCCUUUAACCCCUAAGAGUGACUGGCAUCUAAUUUCUCCUCACCAUAUCACCCCUAAAUCAAGCAUUAAGGUUAGGAGAAUAAAAGAACUGAUCACCAACUAAAGAAGCUCUUGAUUGUUAUACAAAUUCUCCUUGUCGGCACCUUAGGAAAUGCUUAGGGAACUAUAUGGAGAAUAUGCAUACUGAUGUUGGGGUGUAAAGGGUUAAAGAACAAGUAUGGAGAGAAAUAGAAAGUGUUGGGAAGCCAAAUGGUUGCCAGCUAGUUGAAUUUUAAGUAGUAUUUCGUCUUUCCUUAUUUAUAGUGUUGAAAGAGGAAUUACUUGUUGUUUACCUAGUCUUUUCUCCCUUUUCUUCCGAGAUCCUUCUUCCCUAUCAUCAUUAUUGUCAUGAUUAAUAUUUUUUAAGAAAAGUUACAAUUACUGAAGGAGUGGCAAAUGAGAGUUCAGUAGGAGUAUUGAAUACCGUGAUAGUCAUACUGGACAGGUUUUGAAACGAAAAAACGUUGUUGCAUUUAGAAAAUUGUGUCACCAAAUUAGGCUCAAAGGGAUGUAAAAAUCAUAGCGUGUUGCACUAUUUUCUACUUACUCGAACAGCAAACAGUCAAACAGCUUUAGUCGCCUGAAAAGUUGAUCGCGCGAAAAUUUCUUCAAAGCCUUCGAUAAUCUCCUGAACGUCUCGAAUGUCUCGAAAAUAGACUUUAGCCUUGGUCCUCGAAGUUUUCUCAUUUGAGUGGUACUGUAUUUAUUGUAGAAACAAAGAGUUAGAGGAUGGGGCAGCCUCUGGAAGAAACACUUCCUUAGAGAGCCAAGAGCCAGUUGUUGACGCAGAUGACACAGAUGGGGCAGCUGUUGCCCCACGCGUGAAGCUGGCUGCUGAUGGCACCAUUAUACUGGAUGAAGAAAGGUAUGUCUGUCGCUCUGAUCACAUCAACGGUACAGUUAGUCUUCUUCCUAGAAAUCAUCGCCCAAGGGAGACCGGCACAUGUUACAUGACAAGUCCAGCUGGCAGUAAACGAAGCUGCAACUGUAAAUCUCUGAUUGUACCGUUGAGUGUACUAUGAACAUGCUCAUUUUAGAUUCAAGACCGUGUAACCUUCUACGAUAGUUAUUAUCCCUCCCAAUUUUCAACAAUUUUCUUGAUGAUCUAUCGCUAUUCAAUCUGGUGUUCGUCACUUCUUGGAUUAAAAAGGUUUCAAAGACGUUUUUUUUAAAACUUAUUUUAUAAUCUCAUGGAAUUAUUGGCCAGCGGUGGAUGUUCUUAUUCUUCCUCCUUUUGAUGUUUUGUUUCUUUUUGCAGCCUCUUGAUUCCCAAAUCGCCAGAAAAUACCCUAGAAAACAGGUAAGGCGUGAAAAGAUUUCAAAGAACUUGAGUUUCAUGUACUCGAAACUGUCAUUGUUGUUUAUGUCGAUUCCUAUGAACAAUGAACUGUCCAGCAGGCAACCGGUCUGGUCACUCGGAAGUCAUUUCGCCCGAAGUCAUGUCGCGAUAUGACUCAGGUUUCGGGCGUGAUGACUUCCAGGCGACUUGAGCGUAAACCUACAAGGUAAGUAUAGAAACAAAAGGUAAGCAUAUCGCCCUGAGAUAUCAAUGCAUUCUCCCAGCUGGCAACAAAAAAGAAUAUGAAAAUCAGUAGAGAGACUUGAAAAUCAAUUUUUCCAAAGCGAAAAAGCCUCUUUAAGUGUACGUUAGUAGAUGAUGAUGAUGAUGAUGAUGUGUGUGUGUUUUUUUUUUUUGGUUUGCAAGUUCGAAAAUCUUUCUUUUUUCUGCGAUUUACGACAAUCUGACUUGGAUCUCUACCUUUAUUUCACUGCAGUGAAAUCGUCUAUGAAGACGCUGACGCCGUCACUUUUAGUGGUUACUUAAAGCAUAGAAAAGUAGAAAGGUGGUCACUUGCAGGUAUGUUACAUUCUUUGACGGAGAAAGAACACAAUACUUACCGACGACUUCGAAAUUUGGAAGAAAUAUUUCGAUUUAACAAUCGAAGGACUUUGCCCUUCCGAUGUACUUCAUGUGAAUGGUACAAAAAAAUAUAUUAUUUGAAAGGAGCCGGGUUCCCAUCUCUGAAAAAUCACAUGCAACCAAAAAUCAUAGUGCGCUGAGUAUUUAGUUAAUACUUUAAAUUCUUUUUGAUUUGAGAGAAAUGAGAUUCAAUUAAUGCCACUAACAUUGAUGAUCCACUUUCUCAGAGACUCAAACGUUUUACAAAGCUCUCAGUCAAGUUGGAACUGAUUUCAGUCUUAUGACACCGAUAUUCCCAAACAGGACAAGAAGAGAGCUUAAGGUUUGUGGCUGUUGUUGGUUUGAACUGAAAAGGGAUUUCUUUCUCUUGACACCAGUUUCCUGCCCUCUCCAUGAAUUUUAUGUACAUCUUCUGUUGGCCAGAUUUCUUUCCUUUUUCUUCUCUUUCCUUCUUUUCCUUCAAUCUCAUCCCUCUCUCCUUUCCAAUUCCUCAUCCCUUCCUUCAAUCUCAUCCCUCUCUCCUUUCCACUCCCUCAUUCCUUCCUUCAAUCUCAUCCCUCUCUCCUUUCCACUCCCACAUUCCUUCCUUCAAUCUCAUCCCUCUCUCCUUUCCAAUUCCUCAUCCCUUCCUUCAAUCUCAUCCCUCUCUCCUUUCCACUCCCUCAUUCCUUCCUUCAAUCUCAUCCCUCUCUCCUUUCCACUUCCUCAUCCCUUCCUUCAAUCUCAUCCCUCUCUCCUUUCCACUUCCUCAUCCCUUCCUUCAAUCUCAUCCCUCUCUCCUUUCCACUCCCUCAUUCCUUCCUUCAAUCUCAUCCCUCUCUCCUUUCCACUUCCUCAUCCCUUCCUUCAAUCUCAUCCCUCUCUCCUUUUCACUUCCUCUCCUUCCUCUUUUCCAGACCAUCCUUUUGUUAUUCCACUUCCUCCAUCACUUUCGUCUCCACCUUCUUUCCCCUUUAACCUCUCUUCCAGCCUUCGUCCUCCCUCCACCCACUCUUCCCAUUUUCCCUUUCAUCGCCUCCUCCUUCCACUCUACCCUCCCUUCCCCUUUUCACUCCUUCAUACCUACCUUGGCCUCUUCACCUCUCCCUUGAACCUUUGUUCUUCCUAGUUCUCCUUUGCUCACCCCGCUCCCACUCCCCAAUUCCUUUCUGUCUGUUUUUUUUUUCCCUAUAAAAGUUCUAACAUCUCUUUUCAGGCCAAAUUCAAGCGGGAAGAAAAACAGCACAGGACUCUGAUAGAAAAAGCACUUCGUAAGCAUAAAAUAAUAUUUGUGUUCUUCCUUGUUCUGCUAUAUAUAUUGAAAAAAAUAACAUGCUUACGUUGAAGUACAGCUACAUGUAAAAAUCCUGCAGCUCCUGAAGGUGAAUAAGCCGCAAAUUCUUCUUGCGAUUCAAAUAUUUUAUCCUGGAAACAGGUUAAUGAGAAAAGAAAAGCCUAUCAGCUAAAGGUGUCUUCUUGAAAUAAGACCAAAUUCUUCUGUCUUAUUUACAGAGAAAUGUAAAACCGGUAUGGAGAAUUACUAAUUGGAUCUUGCUAAGAGAAUUUUAUAAUCUCUUGACCUUGCGUGUUUGAGGCAAACUGAAAAUUGUAUCAAACAAGGCCUAUCCAACUUUUAGUACAAGGAUUCUCUUGUUUCCACUCCCUUUGGGUGAGAGAGAGACGCCCUCAUUUGACCUUCUUCCUCUAACUCGCUGAAGAGGUGGGAAAAAGAGGGACCCUGGGAACGAGGUUUGGACUUAACUAGUUGACGCAGGCGUAGAGUGGUAUCCCGGAUGGCGAAAAGAAAUCCGGUUCGUGAUAGGCUCAGUAAAGAGUUGCGUACAAAUUACUCCUCCUUGCUGUGUGGUCUAAGCCAAACUGGUGUUCCUAGCUUGACUUGAGUAUUUUUAUCCCUGUAGGCGUCCGUAAUCCUAUUGAUAUAGAGCUGUUUGCUCCUAAAGUCGACGAAGACGAGAUAGACGACGAAUUGGCAGGUACUGAUCCACUCAGCUCAACACCCCGCAAUCAAGAGUUGUGAAGCGGUUAACGUUGCUUAUUCAUGUCUGUAAACCAACGUGAACGACUCAUUGAGCCGGCGAUUUUUGGUAGAGUUGUCGCUAAGAGACUUGAUGCCUGCCGAUCUAUUUCCGUGACAGACUGAAGAUCGUUCAAGUUUGAAUGCAGAUAAGACAGUGGAAAUAAACAUGGGUUGUAUUAUGUUUGAACAAUAGCUCGCUAUUUGGAGCUGGAAGGUGGAAUGAAAUACAGCUUCGUUUUUGGAGUUGCACUAAGAUUUUUCAGAAAUAACUUAAAAAAAUUACUUAAGAAGGUAUACGAAAAUUCUCACAUUUUACUCGGGAAUUGGCUAAAGUUGCGGCAGGUUAUUGACGUACAUUUUCUC